GCUGGGCUUCAUGGGCGUCACGGCCUUCCUCUCCAUGUGGAUCAGCAACACCGCCACCACCGCCAUGAUGGUGCCCAUCGUCCAGGCCGUCCUGGAGCAGAUGAACGAGGCCGAGGCCGAGCAGGACAGGACCGAGACGGGUGAGGAGGAGGAGGAGGGGCGGCAAGGCCCUUCGUCCCGUGGCACCUUUAACCUGCGACGAGGGCAGGAAAACAACACAAGGGGCAAGGACAUGGCUGCCCCGUGGGUCCAUGGGGUCAAGCAGGGCGCCACCCAGAGGUCGCCUGAGGAAUCCUAGAGUUGGAAGAGACCUGGUGGGCCAUCCAGCAUCGGCCCAGAGGGGCCCUCGGAGGCGGAGAAGCAGGCAGCCAGGAAGCGCGCCCGCAAAGGGCUGACCCUCUGCAUCUGCUACGCGGCCAGCAUCGGCGGGACGGCCACCUUGACCGGGACGGGGCCCAACCUGGUCCUGAAGGGGCAGAUGAACCAGUUGUUUCCGCAGAAUGACGACAUCUUGAACUUUGCCUCCUGGUUCAUCUUCUCCUUCCCCAACAUGCUGCUGAUGCUGGUCCUGGCCUGGCUCUGGCUCCAGAUCAGCUUCAUGGGAAUCAACUUCCGGAAGACGUGGGGCUGCGGGACCCAGCAGACGGCGUCGGAGCAGGCCGCCCUCCAGAUGCUGAGGGAGGAGCACCGCAAGCUGGGCCCAAUGUCCUUCGGGGAGAGCAGCGUCCUGGUCCUCUUUGCCGUCCUGGUCCUGCUCUGGUUCACCCGGGAUCCCGGCUACGUCCCCGGAUGGGGGUCCGCCUUCUUCAACAAGGACAAGGAGAUCACGCCUCCACCUUCAGUGGACUGUGCACACAUGGGCAUUAGAACUGUAUUUUUCCCACACGGGAGGUGCCUGCAAUGCAUUCGGCUGGAAAGUGGCAUCUCUCCACCUGGCAUCCCCGUCACCUCGAGGGGGGAAGGUGGAGCGAGUGCCCUUUGUCAUCGCCUCGAGGGGGGAAAGCGUUGGUGGACGCGGCCUCAGGGCUCGCUCUCUCUCUCUCGCAGGUACGUGACGGACGCCACCGUGGCCAUCUUCAUGGCCCUGUUGCUCUUCGUCAUCCCGGCCACCUGGCCCCACUGCAGCAACCCCUGCGUCCGGAGCAGCGUCGACUCGGAGGAAGGAGGAGGAAAAGGCACGUUUCCGAUCCAUGGGGGAGGCCUUUGGAAGGGAGUAACACGCACUAUCCCUGAAAGGGACCGGGAACGUGGGCGCCCCUUCAUGUUCCUCCUCGGGUGCUUUUCUGGGGUCCACGGGGGUCCCCGCCUUGCCUGCCCUGACCCCCGUCUCGGCCCCCCUGCAGCUCUGACGAAGCCCCCGGGCCCGCUGAUGGAGUGGGACGUGAUCCAGAAGAAGCUGCCUUGGAGCAUCGUGCUGCUCUUGGGAGGAGGCUUCGCUUUGGCCAACGGGAGCGAGGUGUCCGGCCUGUCCAAGUGGCUGGGGACCCAGAUGUCCCCCCUGCGAAACGUCCCCUCCUGGGCCAUCGCCACCAUCACCUCCGUCUUCAUCGCCGUCUUCACAGAAUGCACCAGCAACGUGGCCACGGCCACCCUCUUCCUCCCCGUCUUUGCGUCCCUGUCGUACUCCAUCAAGGUGAACCCGCUCUACGUCAUGCUCCCCUGCACGCUGAGCUGCUCCUUCGCCUUCAUGCUCCCCGUGGCCACGCCGCCCAACGCCAUCGUCUUCUCCUACGGACACAUCCGCGUCGCCGACAUGGCAAAAACUGGGAUCAUGAUGAACGUCAUCGGCAUCGCGUGCACCACGGUGGCCAUCAACACCUGGGGCCGAUCCAUGUUCAACCUGGACACCUUCCCCCCCUGGGCCAACUUCACUCUCUAG